AUGUCGAGUUGGGCGCGAUGGAUCACAGCAUUGUGGAGGCCUGUGGUCUUUUGCGCUGGGUUUGCCAGCUUGAUACUUUGGGUUAGUGGCAAUCACAGGGACGAGAUCUCGACUGAGCAGGAUAUUGAGAGUGACCAAAACUCCUUUCUUUCUAUUGGAGACGCCAGCCAAGAAAAUGCUUCUCAGGAUCAGAUCAAGCCAAGAAAAGACGAACUCCAAACCUCAUUAUACACUCUCGGAGCUGGAACCUCGAGCGAUCUCAUCGGGGUUGGCGUUUUCACUCAUGUUUACAAUCUUGGCCAAGGAAGAGUGCGCAAGGUUCCUGCUCCUGAUCCCGAUAACCUUGCCCUUGCUCUAGAAUCGAUUCGAAAAGAAGGCGAUAUCUACGAGCAUCUUGGCAAUCACCCAAGAGUUGUCAAAUGCCUCGCUAAGGGAGAUCUCUUUGUGGACCUCGAGUUUGCCCCAUAUGGACACCUCGAGGACUAUUUAAAGAUCCACCACGAUAUAUCUGACAGCUGUCGCAUUCAGUUUGCACAGGAGAUUAUUGAAGCUGUUGUUUUCAUCCACAGCAAGGGCAUUGUUCAUUCCGAUCUUGCCGCCCGUCAGUUUCUCGUUGACGAAGCUCUCCAUGUUCGCCUCAGCGACUUCGGAUUCUCUGGCUUCGGCGGCGGCGAUGUCCUUGGCUUCGAGAACUCAUCACACCAUUUGCCUCGAGAUAUUGAUGGCGAUAUGCCAAGCAGUAUCCAGUCUGAUUUAUUUGCACUCGGGUCAACACUCUACGAGGUCAUCACCAGCACACCACCAUACCAAGGAAAAUCGGACGAUGUCAUUGUACAUCUCUACAGUAGUAGAUCGUUUCCUGAUGUCACGGGGAUCCUCUGCGGGCACAUCAUUACGGGCUGCUGGCAGGGAAGCUUCUCGAGCGCAGCGGAAGUGCUGCAAGGCUUUUUAGGUGCGGUAUGA